AUGCUAUUGUUGUUAUUGUUGCCGUUCAUCACAAGUACGAUACACGGACUUAUUUGCCUAACAUGUGUUCAGUCACCAAGUACUAGUCAAUUGGACAAUUUUCGAGUCUCCACACGACUGUCAGCUCCGACAUGUCGUAUGGAGCCUAUACAAUGUGAUCGUGAUCAAGAUGUUUGUGUACGAAUCACUAUGCAUAUUGGUGGUGGCGAGUACUGGAUGGGUGCUGGUUGCGAUCGGCGAAUGAACUUUCAGCAUCUUUCUUGUCAGAAUGUCCGUACCAUGUCACGAAGCAUACAACUAGGCUAUGUCCAAGAACGACACGUUAUGCAACGUGUAUGCGUUUGCACACGUGAUCUAUGCAAUGAAGCCAAAGGCUACAAUUUCAUCGCGACCUCUCUAAAAGUAAUCGCGCUCUAUUUACUACUACGGUAA